ACUUAAUCAUUAAAUAGAUGAUAUCAUUAAUCAUUACAAUCUUUCAAGGGAUCCAGCUUUAUAACUUAUAUCUGUCAUUAUUAAUUAUUUGAUUGGUGAUACUCGAUAAAGUUGUGGAAUCGAAAAAAAAGAAGACAUUUACAAAACCAUAUUAAUUAUAAAAAAUCACCUAAAAAAUGAUCCAACCUUAAAAAUGAAUUUAUACAAUGCUGAUCAUGUAGUUAAAAAUAAUGAUUUAACUUUGAAAGACCUAGAUAUUCAUUAUAAAUGCAAAUCUGAAUUGAAUGAGUUUAAAUAAAAAAUCUAGAACAGAGAUUCAAAAUUAGCAGAAACAACUUGUUCUUAUCUUAGAGAUUUAUAAGGUCUUAGAGAAUAAAUAUAUAGACAAGCUAAUAAUCUAAAUCAUGAUUUCUCUGAUCAAAGACAUUUUGAUUCUUUUGAAAUAACUGAUCCAAAAUAUAGAGAAUUAUUGAAUAGCAAAAUUAACAUUAUUAAAGCUGAUUAUGAAUAAAAAUUGAAAUAUCUUACAUAAAUUGUUGAAUCUUAGAAAAAAGAAAUAGGAACACUAAAAACCUAAAUAUAGGAUUAUUAAUUUAGAGCAGAACAUUAUGAAAAUCCUGAAUAUUUAAUUAGAAAGCUAUUCCAUAUAGAAAGAGAUCCUUAUGAAUUAUGGAGAUUAAUAUAAGAUAACUAAGGAAAUCCAUUCCUUUUUUAAGUUUUUUCAAAUCAAAAAAAAGGUUAUGGAAUUGAUUAUUUAGAAAUUGAUUAAUUACUUAUGGCUGUCAAAGUUUAGGAUAGAAUAUUUGAAAGACAGAAAUAAACAUUAGAUUAAUAACUUGCUUGUUUUAUGGAAAGAAUUUUAGAAGAUGUUUAUGAUUUAAGAUAGAAACUUUUGGAUAAGGAAUCUGAGUUAGAUACAUUUUAAAAAAAAUAUAUAAGAAAUCUCUCUAUAUUAAAUAAAAUUAUUCUGCAAGCUUUUAAUAAAAGUAAACUUUUAAUUAUUAUUAAGUUAUAAGUUCAUAUAAUUUGUUGUUAAUGAAAACGUCCUUUAAAUUAUGGAAAGACAAAAAUCUCAAAUUAGGUCCCCUACUUAAAGAUUUAUCAUAAUUUUAAAUAAAAAAUAUAGAACAUGAUAUAUUUGAUUACUUCAUCUAAUAAAUAUAUGAAUUAUAAGAAAAAGUAACAUUUUUAGAAUUAAAAUGUAACAGUUAAAAAUUUGUAUCUAAAACUUUAGAAUCUAAAAAUUCAAUUAUUUAAAAUACGUUAACAUUAUUAAAAUGUAAUUUCAAUAUUAAAAACUUUGAUUUGGAUUUUGAAUAAAAAUUAUUAAAAUUAGAUAACUUCUAGAUUAGAUUUUGUAAAGAAUUAUUAGAUUAAUUAAUGGUUCAGAAAAUAACUUAUUAAAAGUAUUUAUAAUAAAUUCAAAAACAUGAUAAAUAUGUUUAAACAGAUUGCACUGAAAUUAUUAAUUAAGUCAUUUAAACUAAAGAAAUAAUGGUAGAUAAUAUAUGUUUAACUACAUAUAUAAAAUAGAAAUAUUAAGAAAAAAAGGAAAAAUUAUUUCACUAAAAUGGAAUUCACAAUUCUAAUAGAUCAUAUUCUAUUUAAGAAAACCAUAAACCAAAUAAUGAUUAAUUACCUUAGUUGAAGUAACACAAUAGAAGAAUGACUUAAAACGAAUCAAAUUUUUUGAAGUAAUCAAAUCAAUUCUAGAUUAAUGAAUUAUAAGAUGAAUAAUCAAACAUAUUUUUUAGAAAAAACUCUUUAAAAGAAUCAGAGAUCAUGGAUAAAAGAUAAAAUAAGUUUAAAACUGAUUUACAAAAUCAUCCCCCUAAUAUUAUUCAAACUCAAAGAAUAAAUCAAAGCAGUUUAUCUAUUGAAAAUGAAGGUAGAUUAAUGAAACCAAUGAUUUAUGAUUAGGAGGGUUUAUAAUUUGAAUAAUUCGACAGCAAUUUAUUAUUUCCUCAAUAAAAAAAUUUAUUACCAUAAUUACAAGUUCAAAAAGAAAUUAAAUAGAAUAUUAUCAAAUAAAUUAAAUAAAUAUAAAAUAAUAAUAAUUAGAUUUAAUACGAGAGUGAACCUGAGAAAUAAAAAAAAAAUAAUGAACCUAAACAUAAAGCCAAAAAUGUUAAAUAUAAAAAUAAUAUUAUAAUAUAAUAUGAAGAAUAUCCUAAAUAUGAAUAAUAAGAGUAAUUAUAUUUAUUUCUUAAUCAAUCAAGUUGUUAAUCGAAAAAGAAUAAAACUAAAUUAACAUAGUUUAUCUAUAAAGUAUGA